AUGGGACGGAUAAUCUUGCUGAAAAACAAAACUGUGCCCAGCGAUCCGUACGAUGCACUUUUCUCCGAGAAGCAGCACGAGCCGGUGUUUCUUCCGCUACUGAAACACUCGUCGAUCAACCAGACAGAGGUGAAGAGUUUCCUAACCUCAGAAACGUAUCUGAGAGAGUAUCAGGCAUUGAUUGUGACUUCGCAGCGAUGCAUCGAGGCGUUGGCGGAUCUGGUGAACGAGCUGCGACGCGACGGAUUUGACCGUCUGGACUCGAUCCUCAACAAGCCGUCGUACACUGUGGGUCCUACAACGUACCAAUAUUUAAAGGAUCUUGGAUUCAAUGACAUUAGGGGCGGUAAGCUGGCGGGCAAUGGCUCGAUUCUGUCGGACAUCAUCAUCAAAGACCCGCUGUUCGAACAAACGCCCAAAAAAGUUUUGUUUCUCACAGGCGAGAUCCGCAAAGACAUCAUUCCUCGCAAACUGAAAGCCAAGAGCUUCAACGUUCUGGAGCUUGUUUCGUAUCGCACAGAGCCUCUGGCCGACAUUGGCGCGCGCUACGUGGAGGCCACGCGGUCGCCUCCGCAGAACUCGUGGCUGGUGUUCUUCUCGCCGCAGGGCACCACCGAGAUCGUGCGCAUCUUGAAGCAAAACGACCACGGACUGCAGAUCGCGUCGAUCGGCCCCACGACGGAAGAAUACCUGCUAGCCAACGGCAUCACGCCGGCUGUGGUGUCGCCCAAGCCGGACGCUGCGUCGUUGGCAGCCAGCAUCGCUCAGUACGAGCACUCGCUCUAG